AUGCAUUCAAUCAACAUCAAAAUCAUUCCUAACGAACCAGCGACACUGGUGCCUAUCGGAGUCGGAUUCGGGUCACUUCCAUCUAACCUUCCUGACCCUUGGCAUUCGGUUUGCUCGAAGAUGCCGGCAGCGAAGCACAUGAUGGAAGAAGACGCUGAAGGGACAAACCCCGCAGACGGCCCGGAAAUGAACACCUAUGGCGGACGACUCCGCCCACGGGCCAACGGUGACCAUCUGAGGCCCAUCCAAAGGGAGGUGCACCCAAAGGCGAAACCGGCACGAGACCUGGCGGCACAACGCGAGGGGACAGUGGGCAGCUGGGCACAACCGCGGGAAGGGGCCCUGCCAAGGCCAUCACCGGAGCGGAGGACUGGAAGACACGUGAUUGGGGGCCACGCAUUUGUUAAAUUGGAGGGAAACGCGGCUGAGGCAGGAGAGGGUCCCGCAACCGAUCACACGGAUCAAGAGGGGGCCCAGCAAUACUCGGGCCGCCAAGCGUCUGUCACCGAGGAUUCCCACCAGGCGGGACCCCGCGGCCUGGGAGGAGGCACUCCCCUCCGGGUGCCGUCACGACAGCUACCCGGCUCGCCGGCGGUACGGUCGCCAGCCACCAGGCGACAGCGCCUGGACACGCCAGGGCGGGCGCAAGCCACGGGAGAAAGCGCAGCGGUGGUACCUCUCACUGGGUUGGGGGAGAUGGCAGCAUACCCGGCGGACCGGAACCUGGCCCGACGAGGCUUAUUCGGCCGGGCAACCUGGACAACCUCGGGAGAACCGGCCAUGGCGCCCACAGACGAGGAUGGAAGGACCACAGGCCCCCAGCCCUGGGCCGCAGGCGCAUCGAGGCGGCCAGCCCAGGGUUUAUCGCAACUAGAGUUGUGCUACCAGAUCCUCUCCCAGCACGGGCUAGCGGGGUUACUAACGGCACACGCCGCGGGCAUCCUGGACGUGGAUGACGACCCUCACACUGUGGGCCGCGGGAGCAUAGCGGUAGGCGGUUGGCAGGGGUUCGAGCCCCGGGCGGUCCGGGGGUUCACCCCACAUGGAGGGCGCCAGGCAGCCAGGCCCACGGGGCCACCAGCGGACGAGGAUCCAGGUGUUGGAGCGGCAGAGAGGGGCGGCCACCCCACUGCAGCGGCCGCCGGAUGGCCUCACGCCAACCUGGCUGCCCCACCUCCUUCAGGCUCGGGGCACCAGUUGGGACCGGCAAUCGUAGGACCUCUGGAGAACAGCACCCAACACGCGGUGGUGGCUGCUGGGGCCCUCGGUCUCGACAGUUAUGGCUUACAACUCGCCCCGAUGGGCGAUCCACAUGCUACAGCUAUCCCAGCGCUAUCUCAGGGCUACCCGAGCCAAGGGGCAGUGCCAGCGGGACUGCCCUUGCCGGGGGGCAAACUGCUGUUAGGGAACGUGCUCUUCGGCCCGGUGGAGAUUGAUGCCUGCGGUCGAAGCUCGCGAAGAAUAGAGAGGAUGCCGGAGCUCCGACAUCUACAGCCGCCGGCUACGGGACUGGGGGGCAACCCGGGCCGCCUGGCGGCCCAGGCAGCGGCGGCAAUGCUCCAGAGACACCGGGAGCAGCUGCUUCAGGCGCGACCCGACACAGACGGCACGACCCACACGCAUUACCUGGCGGAUGCGAUUGUGGGGGCCGUGCUGAUGUCCCUAGGCGCCGCCGCCCCAUGGACAGAAAUUGCGAGCGCAGUGGAGGCCGUCAUCUGGGGUGCAGCAGAGCCCUUGAUUCACGACCUCCGGACGACGCUAGCGGGCCCACUGGGGCUGACUUAUGCUGAGCGGGUGGCCGACCGCCUAGAGGGCAAGGUGCGGGAGCUGAUGAAGCCGCUAGCCGCCUACUCCGCGAGCUACGACGCGGACAUCGACACAGUCAGCCAUAAGCUCGCCACCCUGCUGGGCGGCUUGGAGCUGGUCGACUGUGCGCUGGAGCUGCUGGCCCCACAUCACAUGCCCCCGGGCACCCUGCAGCAUGCGUGGCUCUAUGCCGCAGAAUCUGAGCUCAACCGAAGUGCCGUAUGCAGUCCAAGCAUGACUGAGGAAAUGUGGGCGAAAGGCUUCGGCCCACAACUGGGCUGCUUGUGGCGCCUACAGGAGUGCCUAGGAGAAGUGGUCAAGCUCCUGCGCACCGUACUUGCAGCGGCAAAAUACGAGAACGGCUUGCGUGUAGGCGAAAGUGUGGGUGCACGCAUCUCGGGAAGCUCCCGGGGUGGGGCGGCGGGUGGAGAGCAGGCCGCGGGGGCUAGAGGCAGGUUUGGCAGCGGGUAUGGUGGCGGGGAGGGCCGGCAUGGCGGAGGCCGUCAAGUCGGCGCCCCAGCAGGGCGAGGCAAGCAGGGGCCCGCGGCAUGGUAG